CCAGUUGAACAUCCCCAUGGAGGUGGUAAUCAUCAACACAUUGGCAAACCAUCUACCAUUCGCCGAGAUGCGCCACACGGGCGUAAAGUUGGUCUUAUUGCUGCUAGAAGAACUGGUGCCACCUCUCAUGGAGCAUUGACUCCUAGUUAUUGGCAUUUUUUCCCACUCGGGCCAUUGCUUACGUCAUGCCGCCGCAUCCGUUCCGUCUCAUUUCCAUACUACGAUGGUCCCGUCCCAAUGAAUUGUUCUCAGGUACCUUUCGGGGUACAUCGCUAG